AUGAAAGCAAUUAGAGGCAAACACAGUGAAAAUGAUUCGGCGAAAUGUGAAUCGCUAGGGAGCAUGAAUAGCUGCUCGCCCUCUUCUGCAGGAAAAGAUGAAGAGGAAGUAUUUUACGAUUUCCAGCUGUUUAUAUCGCAGAUGAAAGAUCAAAGGGCUGACCCCAUUGUGAGGUAUACUCGUUCUUUCCUUCAUAGUUUUGUCACUAAAAAAAACUUUUGGACCGCGGAGGAACAAGUGAAACUCGUUAAUGACUUCAAGUUGUUUAUUUAUGAUAAGUUUUUGGAAUUUGAACCCUUUAAAUCCCUAGAUCGUUCAAAACUUCACAAUGCUCAAGAGGGUAUGGAGAAACUACUUAUGGGUAAAUUAUACAACAAGUGCUUUUCACCACUUCUCGCCAACGAUUAUGAAAAUCUGACUGACGAUCACAGAUCGGAUUUGGUUCAUGAUGCAAAUUUGAUGGAUAAGAUACUAGAAUUUCGCUUUAUAAAGCCAAUUAAUCUUGAAAUACCCGCGACAAUAUCUCCAAAAGUUGAAAAGUUCAUACAACUUUCGGGUAAGGAACUCAAUAGGAUUAACAGUUAUAAAGCACCUAGAGAUAAGAUGGUCUGUAUACUCAACGCUUGCAAAGUUAUCUAUGGUUUUCUCAAGCAUUCCAAACUUGAAAAUGAAGGAGCAGAUGUAUUCAUUCCCAUGCUAAUAUACACAAUUAUGAAGGCAAAUGUGCGCUCGCUAGUUUCUAAUGUCAUUUACAUAGAGCGAUUCAGAUUUCCAGAAUAUUUGCGAGGCGAAAGCGGGUACUACUUAAGUAGCUUGCAUGGUGCAAUAAACUUCAUUCUGCAUAUGGGGGAAGAUUCUCUGUUUAUACCAGAUAAGAGUGAAUACAAUAAUCAGUAUGAGCAAAACAGUGUUCAGGUUGCAGAAGAAAGAGAUAGGAUUGAAAUCAAAGAGGUAAACCUAGAAGUUCCAAAACUGCGUUCGAAAAGCCCGUCUCCAAGUGAGUACAUAUUAAAGCCACUAGACGGUGCGACAAAUACAGUAAUUUCAAAGUUCGCUGAGUUGUUCUCUCCCACUGCAACCAGCCAGGAUGAUACUGAUAAUCGCGAGCAUCAGUCCGCUUUCAUUGAUGAUGAAACCGCCGCUGCGAUUGCACACCAAAUGGAAGAGGAUGAUCACGUACGUACUAUCAAAGAUUUGCAAGCAAUGUUUCCCGAAAUGGGCUGUGAAAUUAUACAAGAUGUCUGUGCUGCUAAGAGAUAUCGUAUCGGUGCAUGUGUUGAUGCAUUACUAACCCUCUCUAGUUGA